AUUGCAUUGCAAUAUGUGAUGAAGAUAGAAAUGACUGUGUCAAUGGAGCAAAAUGCAUACCACUAGGAAAUCAACGUUUUUGCAACUGUUUGAAAGGAACAUAUGGAGACAAAUGUCAAUACAUGGGGGAUUGCAAUGAAAGAUACAAUUUAAAAUGCAAUUAUAAGAAUGGUGAAAUUUGUGCAUAUAACACGACGUCGGAGGAAUCGGAAUGUUUAUGUCUCGAGAGUGGAUUACACUACGACACUGAACAAAGAAUGUGUAGAAAAACAUGCAUGGUAGGAAAUCAUGAUUGUAGAAAUAAUGCUACCUGUGAAAGGGUCAGUAACUAUGGUUUCUGUGAAUGUUAUCCGGGUACUUCUGGACAUGAAUGUGAAAUAGUUGAAGGAUGCGAUCUCAUAAACUGCAAUAAUACAGGUGCAAGAUGCGAGUAUAACAGAUUUUUUAGAAAAGCGGAAUGUGUUUGUGAUGAUGGUCUGAAGUAUGAUGAAUCUAUAUCUCUAUGUAGAGAAACAUGCAACAAAAAUAGAGAUGACUGUAGAAAUGGUGCGCAUUGUAAUUACAUUGGAUCCUAUUACUUUUGCGAAUGUCUUCCAGGAAUUUCUGGACAUCGUUGUGAAAAAGUCGAAGAUGAACGUGAACACAGUCCAUUAUUACUCAUAAUACUAUGCAUCACAUCAGGAUUUCUUUUGCUGUCAACAAUCACUCUUGUCACUGUUUUCAUAAAAUUUCGGAGUGGGAGAAACAAGAAAUGAAGGAAGAUGUUUCUUUAUUCGCAUUUAAGAAAAUCGCAUUUAAGAAGAUCUUUUCCGCAUUUAUGAAAAUUGUAUUUGAAAUUUGAAUAAAAUAUGUUUCUAUCCAAAUCAA